AUGGUGCAGAAACACCUCCGCCGCCGCGACCCAAUUCCAAAGCUCACAUCAUCGAUUAUCUCUUUCUCUUCAUACCGUAUCUUAGCGAAAGAGGCGCACUUCUCAGAAGAUGUGAGAAAGAAACGCGUUGGUUCGAGCACGGGCACGUGCUGUCGUGCUUCGUUGUUGCCUGGUCACGUGAAGCGUGUCUACAUCCUCAGCUCAAAGUGUUCACACGUCCUGCAGCCUGCCUCCACUGCCGGCAAAGCACCCGCCUCCACUGCCGGCAAGGCACCCGCCAAGUCUGAGGGCUCGAAGGCCGCUAAGAAAACGGCGACUAAAAAGUCUUCCGCAGCCCCCGCUGACGGCGAGAAGAAGAAACGCAAGAAGGUUCGCAAGGAGACAUACUCGUCCUACAUCUACAAAGUCCUGCGCCAAGUCCAUCCGGACACGGGUAUCUCCAACAAGGCCAUGUCUAUCUUGAACUCGUUCGUCAACGACAUCUUUGAGCGGAUUGCGUCGGAGGCCUCGAAGCUCGCUCAGUACUCGAAGAAGUCUACCAUCUCGUCGCGGGAGAUUCAGACUAGCGUGCGCCUUAUCCUGCCUGGAGAGCUGGCGAAACACGCCAUCAGCGAGGGGACGAAGUCUGUCACCAAGUUCUCUUCAGCCAGUACUACAAAGUAGUCACGCGACGCAUGGAAUGUCUGUAUCCUUAUUAUUGUUUCUAUCUACAUCAGCUUGUGC